AUUACGCUUAACUUCUUUAGAUACUUAUUUGCUUAAUUACAGUUGGCAAUAGAUUAUUUAGAUUUUACAAAGCAAUCUAGCUGUAUAUGCAAUAAACAGAAUUUUUGAUUAUGUUUAUUUUAUCCAUUGACCUUGUAUUGUAUAUAUAUUGUCAUAAGAUUUAUAGCUAUUUUAGUGUAUUAACUUAACAAUUGAAGAAUUAAUUUGUUAAAGUACACGCAAGACUUGUCAUUCUCUCAAAUUGAAAAUUCAUCUGUAGAGAUAGAGGCAGGUUCAAUAUUGAAACUUCCUAGUUGUCGUUUUACAGCAUUGAUAAUAGAUUAUUUUAUAACAAAAGAUGACAUAUUUUGGCUCAAAAAUGGUGUCAAAAGAAUAUAUCCUGUUAAUGAUUCUGUCCUGACAGAUGACAGUUUUAGAUCUGUAAAUGGAACUGUGAGAUAUAUAUUUCCUUCUUUGGAAAUUAAAACUGUUUUAUCUGAUGGUGGGACCUACCAAUGUGGUGUUCAAAUUACAAAACUUAUGGAAAAACCAGUAUAUUCAGAUAAAUUUGAAGUCAAAAUAAAAGCUCAGGUCGUCACAAUUGUGUCUAAAAUUCAAUUUCGAUAUUUAUACAACUCAGCAGUUUUAUACAACUGCAUGUAUAAUGCUAAUGAAGAUUUACAUAAAUUUGCAUACUGGCUUUUAAAUGGAGAAGUUGUGUUUACAGGGUCUAAUGAAUUAGCAUCUGACAUGUUACCAUUUCAAAGUUCAAAAGAACAAUAUGAAGUACCUCCACUGACAAUUACUAGCUAUGACAUGAUUGGUUCCUAUCAGUGUGUAAUUUUUGAUAACAGCACAAUGAUAGAGAAAGUAAUAUCUGAUGUUUUUGUUAUUGCAAAGCAACCAGAACCCAGUUUUUUAACUAAUCCUUCUGUCAUUGGGGAGAGAAAUAUAGAAGUUGGCAGCUCUAUUUCCAUACUGGGGUGUGUGUUUGAUACAUAUUUUAUACUAAAGGAAGAUGAUGUGUACUGGCUUAAAGAUGGCAUAAAAAAGAUAAAUGCAAAUGUUUAUUUUCUUGAGGGAUCAGUCAUGCUACCUCGUAGAUAUAGAUUUAGUAAUAUUGUUAUCAAUCAACUCAACUAUUAUGAUCAUGGCUAUUAUCAAUGUGUAAUAAACUUAUUUGGAUCCUCAAGCAACAAAAUUAAAAGUGUUCAUUUUAAUUUACAAUUGCCAGAUACAUCUUUUAUGAGGCUUAAAUUGUGGUUAAACAAAGAAUGGAUUUUAGAAUAUCUAAAGCAAUCUUCUUCUGAUUCUAAAGUGUUGAGAAAUUUUGUUAAAAAAAGUAUAGAAGAAACAGUUUCACCUAUCGCAAAAUCUGUUAUCUAUUAUCCAACCAUCAUUGUAAAUAUUACUGAUUUUAGUUCAAAAAGUGCAUAUAUAACAUCACAAAUUACUAUUGGAAAUUUACUAUUGGGUGUUGUUGACACUUUAAAAUGGCGUCUUUUUAAUGCAAUGGUACAAAAUCUAAAUAAAGAUUCUUUUCCAAAGCUGAAUGUUAUGAAUGUUAAACUUCAAAGUUUAGAUUCUUGCCCGGCAAAUGUUUUUGGUGAAACAAAUUACAAAGGUCAAUAUACAUUUGAAAUGACUUUUGUCAACCAAGAUAAAGCAAAUGUGCUGCUAAAUUGUACUUAUCAAAGUAAUGGGUUUGUACAAAGAAUUUGUCAUACUGAUUUAAAAAAUGGUGCUUUCUGGGAUGUUCCUGAUUUAACAAAUUGUGAACCUAAGACUGAGACAACAAAGAAAUUGAUUCAGUUAAAUAAGGAAUCAAUUUGUGUUAGAGAUGUCAUUGAAAAUUGUGUAUUAAUAAACGUUGUAUCAAAGAAUCUCAGUGAUACAGUGCGGGAUGGAUCAGAAAUAACAAAUUAUCACGAUGUCAAUUUUAUUUCCAAAGCUUUAGAAACAAUUGUUAGUGUGUUUAUUAAAGCCAAAGAUGCAUCAGAUCAGGUUUUCAUAGAUGUUUUACAAACAAUUGAUAUUGUGCUCGGGUCAAAUAAAAUAUAUAUUGCAGAAUCACAAGUUAAAAAAUCUUCUUCAACAAGUAUUUUAAACACUCUUACAGAGUUUGCAUUAAUUUAUUCUAAACAACUUAAUAAAUCUAUUUCUGUUAGUAAAAAAAAUAUUGGAUUCCAUAUCGAUAAAGUAAAAAAAAGUAAUGUAAUAAUUACAGCGCAGCAGUUAGCAAAUAAUAGCGUUGGAAUAAGUUUUAGUAACAAUGUUGAUAUUACUAAUAAAACAUUUGCUGUCAUCAAAAUACCAAGUGAAGUGUUUUCUGAUGAAAAUGAUAUUAUUUACUCAUACUUCUUUCGCUAUGAUUCUUUUUUGUUAAAUGAAAAUAGUUUAUUACAUCCUGAGGAGAAAAAUAUUGCAGCCAAAAAAUUUGUUCAAAGUGCUAUAUUGUCUGCAUCUAUUGUUGAUAGGAAUGUAUCUAAAUUAAGAAAUCCUAUUAUUUUAACAUUUAAAAAGAUUUUAUCAGAGUAUUCUGGCAUUAGCAAUUGUCAUUAUUGGGAUGAAAAAAUUAAAACUGGCAUAAUAAAUGUUAGUGGAAGUUGGUUGAGAACUGGUUGCUAUAGAUAUGAGGCUGGAACUAAUACAGAUGAAUAUUUUACAUGUGCUUGUGAUCAUCUCACUAACUUUGCUCUGUUACUUGAUGUUGACCAAAGUUUAAACAAUCCAUUGGAAUUAAAAAUUAUUACUUAUAUUGGCUGUGGAAUUUCAUUGAUUGGAUUGUUGCUUACUUUGUUUACAUUAGCUGUAUUUCGUAACCUUCGGAAAAAACUGCCUCAAAGAAUUUUAAUAUGUCUUUGUAUUUCUUUAAUGGGUCUUCUGCUUGUAUUUUUAAUUGGUGCAGAAAAAACAUCCCCUAUUCAACUCUGUCAAGUUAUUGCAGCUGUAUUGCAUUAUUUUAUACUAUCAACAUUUUGUUGGAUGUUGGUGGAAGCUUUUAAUUUGUAUCUUUCUUUUGUUAUUGUAUUUAAUAAAAGGAAUGACUCCAAUGUUUUUAGAAUCGCUAACAUCUUUGCUUGGGGUUUUCCUGCUAUAAUUGUUGUCAUUACUGGAGUUUCCAGACCAGAUCAAUUGGGAAACGAAAAAGUAUGUUUAGUUCGAGGAUAUUCGUUUUAUUUUGCUGUUCUUCUUCCUGUCUGUCUGAUAUUGAUUGUAAACCUUGUUGUGUUAAUAAUCACCAUGCUAAGCUUGUCGAAAAGAGUUAAGGCCGGUAAAGAAGUGACGGCGACAAAAAAUUAUUUAUCACAAAUAAGAAUAGCGUUUAUUUGUGCUACUUUACUUGGUUUGUCAUGGUUGUUUGCAGUUCUAGCAAUUAAAGACCUCUCGGUGAUUUUUCAGUGGAUAUUUUGCAUUACAACAUCGCUUCAAGGCUUCUUUAUUUUUAUAUUUAACAUAUUGAGACAAAAAGAUGUCAUGAAUGAAUGGCGGAAAUGUUUUGGAGGUUAUCGGCAAUACAGUGUUGCAUCUUCGUCAAAUAAUCCAAAAUCUUCCGAAAUGAAAUCUAUGAAGCCAAUCGUUUCAAAGAAUUUAAAGUCUUAAAGAUAAAAUCUAGCUAAGUUAAAACGAAUCUCUAAAUAUAAAGAAAGCGAAAACCGUGAUACUACAAAAAUAUUUUGUGCUUAAAUAUUUAUAAA